UAUGUUAUUGUGAAUCAAACAUUUGAAGCAGACACAUCUCUACUCCUUAAAUCAAUUUUUUCAUAUAAUUAUUUACAAAAACAAUUCAAAAACAUGAUUUGGUUAUUGUUUACCGUGCUGUUCUGCUUAAUAUUUUAUUAUUACCUCUACAAACCUCAAUUAUACUGGAAAAAGAAAAAUAUAAAACAAGGAAUACCAAUUCCUAUACUUGGUGACAAUUUCAAAAGCAUCACCGGACAGGAAGCCAUGAUUGAAAUGGUCCAACGCCUAUACAACCGUCACAGCGAUGAGCGUUAUGAAGGCAUCUACCAAAUGAUGUUGCCUACGUUAAUGCUGCGUGACCUGGACCUCAUCAAGCAAGUGACAGUCAAGGACUUUGAUCAUUUCGUGGAUCACCGACAAUUCGUACCGGAAGGAUCCGAUCCAUUAUGGUCCAAAAACUUAUUCUCAUUGCAAGGUGACAAAUGGCGUAACAUGCGUGCGACAUUGAGUCCCACCUUCACCUCGAGCAAAAUGCGUGCGAUGUUUGUUUUGAUGGAGAAGGCCGCCCAGCAAUACAUUGACUUCUAUCUACAGAAAAACAAAAAUGUCCUUGACAUUGAACUUAAAGACUCAUUCACUCGAUUUGCUAAUGAUGUAAUAGCAAGUUGUGCGUUUGGUAUCACCGUUGAUUCUCUAACAGAACCGGAAAAUGAGUUUUAUUUGAAAGGUAAAGAAGCUACGAAUUUCACUGGAUUUGUACAAACGAUAAAGUUUUUGGUUAAUAUGACAAUGCCGAAAUUGCUCGGGUUUUUUAAACUCAGCGCGUUCAGUCCAGCAGUUUCUGAAUUUUUUAGAAAAUUGGUUCAUGACACUUUGAAACUCCGUAAGGAACAAAAUAUUGUCCGUCCUGACAUGAUUAAUUUAUUAAUAGAAGCACAGAAAGGUCAACUCCAAUACGAAGAAUCCAGUGAAAAACAAGACGCUGGUUUCGCAACUGUUGAAGAAUCUGACAUCGGAAAGAAAACACAAGUGCAGAAGACACCUAUGACUGAAUUAGACAUGACAGCACAGGUUUUAAUCUUUUUCUUUGCUGGUUUUGACAGUAUUUCCACCAUGAUGUCAUUUUUAUGCUAUGAACUUGCUGUCAAUCCAGACAUUCAAGAGAAACUACAUCAGGAAAUUGACGUAACCUAUAAAAACAACAACGGGAAGCUAACCUAUGAUGUUUUAAACAAAAUGAAGUACAUGGACAUGGUUAUCUCUGAAGGUAUGCGUAAGAACCCACCUGCAAUUGCUAUGGAUAGAAUUUGUACAAAACCUUACACUAUCCAACCGGUAAAUCAACAUGAACAUCCUUUGAACCUCAAAGUAGGCGAUUGUCUAUGGAUACCAGUUGCUGGUAUUCAUCACGAUGAGAAAUAUUAUCCAAAUCCUUCAAGGUUUGAUCCAGAGCGAUUUUCAGACGAAAACAAAGGGAAUAUUAAUUUAUAUAGUUUUAUUCCAUUUGGUACAGGACCAAGGAAUUGUAUUGGGUCAAGAUUUGCGCUGAUGGAAUGUAAGACUUUAAUUUUUCAUAUUCUGAACAAAUUUGAAUUGAUUGUCAUUGAUAAGACUCCGAUUCCGAUGAAAUAUGUUAAGAAUCAAUUCAAUUCUGCUAUUGAAGGUGGGUUUUGGGUUGGAUACAAACGCAGAGACAAUAAAUCCGACAAAAUGUUUUGGGUGCUAGCUUUAGUAGCAGGGACCCUUUUUUUCUAUUACUUUUUGAUUAAACCUCAACAAUAUUGGACUAGGAGACAUGUCAAACAAGGUAUGCCUAUUCCUCUGUUGGGAGACAAUUUUUGGAGCUUUUUCCAACGUGAAGCUCUAACUGAAAUGGUUCAAAGGAUUUACAACCGCAGCAAAGGUGAAAGAUAUUGUGGUGUGUAUCAAACAACAAUACCAACUCUAAUGCUGCGUGAUCCCGAAUUGAUCAAACAAAUAACCGUCAAAGAUUUCGACCAUUUUGUUGAUCAUCGCUCCUUUGUACCGGAGAGUAUAGAUCCAGUAUGGACGAAGAACUUAUUCGCUUUAAAAGGUGACAUAUGGCGCGAAAUGCGAUCAACCUUGAGUCCAACAUUCACCUCCAGCAAAAUGCGUUCAAUGUUUGUGUUAAUGGAGAAAGCCGCACAGCAAUACGUCGACUUUUAUUUGAAUAAAAAACAAGAUGUUAUUGAACUUGAACUUAAAGACUCCUUCACACGUUUUGCUAAUGAUGUUAUAGCAACGUGUGCUUUUGGAGUCGGAGUUGACUCAUUGAAAGAUCCAGAAAAUGAAUUUUAUAUUAAAGGAAAAGAAGUCACAGACAAUCGAGGAAUGUGGAAGAGUAUUAAAUUCCUCAUGAAUUUUAUUGCUCCUAAAGUUGCCUAUUAUUUUAAGCUGAGCAUGUUUUCGGAAGAUGUUACACACUUUUUCAAAAAACUCAUCCGUGACACAGUCAAAUUACGUGAAGAAAACAACAUUGUCCGACCGGAUAUGAUCAAUUUAUUAAUGGAGGCACGCAAAGGUCGUUUGCAAUACGAAGAAUCCAAUGAAAAACAAGACGCUGGUUUCGCAACUGUUGAAGAAUCCGAAGUGGGCAGGAAAAAACCAACCAAGGUCUUAGAAAUGUCCGAAUCUGAAAUGGCCGCACAAGUUCUAAUCUUUUUCUUCGCUGGUUUUGACACAAUUUCCACAAUGACAUCAUUUAUGUGUUAUGAAUUAGCUGUCUAUCCAGAAGUUCAAGAAAAACUCCGCCAGGAAAUUGAUAAAACUUUCGAAGCAAACAACGGAAAACUAACCUAUGAUGUCCUCAACAAAAUGACUUACAUGGACAUGGUUGUCUCCGAAAGUAUGCGUAAAGACACACCGGCAUUCGCAGUUGAUCGCGUCUGCACUAAAUCUUACACCAUUGAACCAACACGUCCUCAUGAACACCCUGUACAUCUUGUACCCGGUGAUCUUAUCUGGUUACCACUCGCCGCCAUUCAUCACGAUCCGGAAUAUUAUCCCAAUCCAUCAAAAUUUGAUCCCGAACGCUUUUCGGAAGAAAACAAACACUUAAUUAAACCAUACACUUACUUACCAUUUGGUUCUGGACCAAGGAAUUGUAUUGGUUCGAGAUUUGCACUCAUGGAAAGCAAAACGUUGAUUUUCCAUAUUCUGCGUAAAUUUGAACUGGUUGUCAUCAAGAAAACUACGAUUCCGUUGAAAUUAACAAAGGCACAAUUCAAUCCGGGUAUUGAAGGAGGUUGUUGGGUCGGUUUCAAACGCCGAGACAAUUAAUAAUAAUAUUUUUCGAUAAUUACACGCGCAAACAAGUUUUUUUUUGUUAAAAUUAUCUGAAGGUUUUUGCCAAACAGCUUUGUCAUCAUGUGAUUGAAAUGACGCAAUAAAAACAUGUAUCAAA